UGGCAAAAAACAAUGGCGAAGAAACUGUGAAACUACAAAACUGUGUUGCUGACAUCUGGUCGCUUGUAAAACUAUUUCGGAUAGAUUUUGUGAUAUUUCGUUGUGAUCGGUCGAUAAAUCUUUAAGUUUUUUUUAAUGGAAAGUGCGAACGAAGUGUAGCGUUUGGGAAGACAGCAGCAAAGACAUAUUUUGCAUUGCAAAUAUAUAAACAGAAACAAGUAGUUCUACGACUAACGGGACUUCUCGCCAACCGCCAAGCAGUCGCGGUCCGUGAAGCAGUGCAAGGAGAAUCACAUACUAAAAGGACUUCCAGUAAAAGCGGACCUUCUUUACACAAGAUCAUCGACCCCAAAAUGGAUAUGAUCACGGUGGGGCAGAGCGUCAAGAUCAAGCGCACGGACGGCCGUGUCCACAUGGCCGUGGUGGCGGUGAUCAAUCAGUCGGGCAAGUGCAUCACAGUCGAAUGGUACGAGCGGGGCGAAACCAAGGGCAAGGAGGUGGAACUGGACGCCAUACUCACGCUGAAUCCGGAGCUGAUGCAGGACACCGUGGAGCAGCAUGCCGCCCCGGAGCCCAAGAAACAGGCCACCGCCCCGAUGAACCUCUCGCGGAAUCCCACUCAAUCGGCAAUUGGUGGCAAUCUCACCAGCCGCAUGACCAUUACCGGCAACAUGCUGAACAAGAUCCAGGAGACCCAAUCGAUUCCGCAUCCGCUGGGCAACAGCAAUAGCGCCAAUACGAAUAGCAAUUCGAACACCACAGCCGGCGGAGCCUCCUCCACCACCGGGUUGCAGCGACCGCGCUACUCGCAAGCUGCAAUCGGCCAGCAGCAGACGAGGAUUGCCUCGGCAGUGCCCAACAACACAUUGCCCAAUCCAGGGGCGGCAGCAGCGGCAGCAGCUCCAGCAGCCCAGGCUGCUGCUCCGGCCAGCAACACAACCCAAGGAGCCGGCGGAGGAGCUCGCCGAUCGCAUGCCCUAAAGGAGGUGGAACGUCUGAAGGAGAACCGCGAGAAGCGACGUGCUCGCCAGGCCGAGAUGAAGGAGGAGAAGGUGGCCCUGAUGAACCAGGAUCCGGGCAAUCCCAACUGGGAGACGGCGCAGAUGAUACGCGAGUACCAGAGCACACUGGAGUUCGUGCCGCUGCUCGAUGGCCAGGCCGUCGAUGACCACCAGAUCACCGUGUGCGUGCGGAAGCGACCCAUCAGCCGCAAGGAGGUCAAUCGCAAGGAGAUCGACGUCAUAUCGGUGCCGCGCAAGGACAUGCUCAUCGUGCACGAGCCGCGCAGCAAGGUCGACCUCACCAAGUUCCUGGAGAAUCACAAGUUUCGCUUCGACUACGCCUUCAACGACACGUGCGACAAUGCCAUGGUAUACAAAUACACAGCCAAGCCGUUGGUCAAAACCAUUUUCGAGGGCGGAAUGGCGACGUGCUUCGCCUACGGCCAGACAGGAUCCGGCAAGACGCACACCAUGGGAGGCGAGUUCAACGGAAAGGUGCAGGACUGCAAGAACGGCAUCUAUGCCAUGGCGGCCAAGGACGUUUUUGUGACCUUAAAUAUGCCACGUUAUCGCUCCAUGAAUCUAGUCGUUUCGGCCAGCUUCUUUGAGAUCUACAGCGGAAAGGUCUUCGAUCUUCUGGCCGAUAAGCAAAAGUUGCGCGUCCUAGAGGACGGCAAACAGCAGGUGCAGGUGGUCGGCCUCACCGAGAAGGUGGUGGACAGUGUCGAGGAGGUGCUGAAGCUCAUCCAGCACGGCAAUGCUGCCCGCACCUCCGGCCAGACGUCGGCCAACUCGAACUCGUCGCGUUCGCAUGCCGUCUUCCAGAUUGUGUUGCGACCGAUGGGCUCCACCAAGAUCCACGGCAAAUUCUCGUUCAUCGAUCUGGCGGGCAAUGAACGUGGGGUGGACACCUCGUCGGCCGACCGACAGACACGCAUGGAGGGUGCCGAGAUCAACAAAUCGCUGCUGGCCCUCAAGGAGUGCAUCCGGGCGCUGGGCAAACAGUCGGCCCACCUGCCCUUCCGUGUCUCCAAACUGACCCAGGUGCUGCGCGACUCGUUCAUUGGCGAGAAGAGCAAGACCUGCAUGAUCGCCAUGAUCUCGCCGGGACUGAGCUCCUGCGAGCACACGCUCAACACGCUGCGCUAUGCGGAUCGUGUCAAGGAGCUGGUGGUUAAGGAUAUCGCCGAAAUCGGCCCUGGUGGCGACAGCGAGGCCAUCGAGAUCAUGGACGACGACGAGGAGGAGGAGCUCAACCUGGUGCAUCCGCACUCUCACCAGCUGCACCAGAACACGCAUGCGCCGGCCUCCCAGUCGCACAACCAACGUGUCGGCGCUCCAGGCUCACAUCACUCGGGCCCCAGUAUUCACAACAAUAAUAACAACAACAACAAGAACGGAAACGCUGGAAACAUGGACCUGGCCAUGCUGAGUUCACUGAGUGAACACGAGAUGUCCGAUGAGUUGAUUGUACAGCACCAGGCUAUUGACGACCUGCAGCAGACGGAGGAGAUGGUGGUGGAGUAUCACCGCACCGUAAACGCCACACUGGAGACAUUCCUCUCCGAGUCGAAGGCGCUGUACAACCUGACCAACUAUGUGGACUACGACCAGGACUCGUACUGCAAACGGGGCGAAUCGAUGUUUUCGCAGCUGCUGGAGAUCGCCAUUCAGUGCCGGGACAUGAUGGCCGAGUAUCGCGCCAAGUUGGCCAAGGAGGAGAUGCUUUCGUGCAGUUUCAAUUCGCCGAACGGCAAGCGUUAGUUUCCCGCACCCAACUUUCACCCCUUUCUUUUUUAACACAACCCCCGCCCCUCCCCUUUGGCUUCCCAUCAUUGUUUAUUGAAUGCAAAAUAUGCACUCUCACUAGAAUUUUAUAUUUUUUUUGUUGCAACCUCGCUCUUGGCCCCCUCGCAGUUUGGUAUCCAACGUCAGCCAUGGAGGAUUUGGCGUGGGGGUCAGGUGGCUGGUGGCGAGUUACUCCUACACAAAAACUUGAACGGACCCAAGUUAUUAUAUACAAAGCAUAAAGCAUGUGUAAGUCCAAUUAUCCCGGUUGCUUUGGCAUUUUUAACGAUGAUGUCGUCGUCUAACGUAUUAAUAAUAAAAAUUUCUGCAUCCGUUCUAAGAAACUUAAAUGUUCAAUUAUUGAUACAAACAAAAGAAAGACUUGUCACAGCCCCCUAUCUUUAAUUCUCUGUCGAACUCGAUAACGCUGCGCGCUGGUUUUAUUAAGUUUUAAACUACAUUCAUAAUCGAGGAGGCGCACUGUUGAAAGUCUGUUAAAAUAUAUACUUUAUGAACUAAGCACGGGAACACAGAUUUACAAUGACAGCAACACACCAAUAACAAAUAAUAGCAAAGCCCAUUAAAAAAAAACAGGCCAUGACCUUUGUUUGGGUUCUCUUUCGAUUAUGAUUAUAUGAUUAUGAUUAUGAUAAUGAUUUCUGCGCAGUCGAUACUAUACUUUUGUAAAAGAAAAAGACAUUUACUAUAUUAUAAUUACUACUUACUCUAAAUAUGAUAUGAGAUUCCAUUUAAUAUAAUUACCUUAUGCGAUUUGUUCCCUUCAUUUUUCGUCGUUUUAAAUGCUCGUCCAGAGUUUGUUCAUGCCGCGGCACAAAUCUAUCUAUUACACUUUACAACUACGAACUAAUCGCGCAUUGUAUUUAUUUAAAGGCCACAAAACUGUAUUUAAUUUGUAUUAAUUUAUUCAAUUACUAUUGCACCAAAUCCAAUUUACAUACGUAUUCCCCCGUAACUAUAAUUGAUUAUGACUAUCCUAUGCGAUCCCCGAACUGCAGUCUCUGCCUGAGAGAUAUUUAGCCAGCGAGUGUUUUUGGAUACUUUUAAUCCUUUUCUUUCGUUCGCUCUUCUCUGAUCUAUACUAUAUAUAAUUUACAUUAUAUUUUUUUUUAUGUGUCAAUCUAAGCGACUUCGGUGAAGAAUUUAAAGUGCAAACUGUCUUUGCUAUUAUUAUUUGAAGAUGAUUUGCAUUUCAUUUUGUACUAAUAUUUAUUACAUAUAUUUAAUUACGUUUACACGACUAAAAACUAUCGAAAGCAAAUCAAACGAAACUUAACCAAAUCAUGGAUUUCCACACACUGUUUGUACUGCGUUGAUAAGAAACACAGAUCGAUCGGUUCCAAAUAGCGGAGAACAUACAUAAUACAUAGUAACUUAGCCUUAAACGAAACAAAAGAAAAACACAACACAAAACAAAACUAAUAAGCAAACUUAACAAAAAUCGAAAAAGAAAAAGAUAAAGAAAGAAAUUGAAAACAUACUCACGUGCUUCUCCUAAAGUAUUUAUCCAAUCAUUUUGUUAUUGCAUUUCUUCAGAGCACUAUAAAAAAUACCCCCUCCCAAAGCAGACGAAUGAUAACAAUUUUAUAAUCCACCAAAUGCGAGUUUUUAAAACAAUGUUAAUAUGGAAAAACCAACUGAAUGAGUGCUUCGAUACUAUGCGGUAUAAAUAAAAUAAUGAAAGUGUUAGGACUUGAACUCUAAUAAUGUAUUAUUAAAUAUAAAUAAUAAAUUAUAUUGUAAUAAAACGUGAACAUACACAACUAAAUUUAACAUUAAAGAUGUGUAAAGCAAAAA